CUGAAAUCGUAUUGCAAAGUGUAAGGUGUUUUGUAAUGUGAUAAAUUAAGUGAAGUGAGUGCUGAGGUGGAUGGUGUGUUAAGGGGCAGGGCGCAGCUUGGGCGGCAGAAUGACGUCGCGCAACAAAAGCGCCGUGCGCGGCUUUGAGGCUGAGAUUGAGAAGAGCCGCGAGGAGGCCAACUGGAAGAAAGCCGUGGAGCUGGCAGAACAGCUUAAAGCACGCUCCCCGCAGCAUGAAAGUCUAGCACAUUUCCUCAUCGGUGAAGGAAAAUUGGAGGCGUUUCUUGAUGAAUACCCUCCUUGCAAGGAGAACAUCGAGCGAGCACAGCGGGAGCUCACAAAUGCCAGUGGGUUCCUCAAUUUGGCCACACAGGAGGCAGGCAAGAAGGCCGGUGUGGCGCUUGAUGCACACCUGCUCCUCGGCAAGCUUAACUAUGCUUGUGGCUCUUAUGAGGAGGCCCUUAAACAUUACAAAAUGGCUGAACUCAAUACACUUACUGAGAAAGAACUACCUGUGCGCAGUCUACGCAUCGUGGCGGAGUCGUACGCCAUCAAGGGCCUAUGCCUGGAGGAAAGUGCGCCGCCUUCCUCCUCGCGGUACAAGCAAGCCGAGCGCGAUGCUGAGAUGAUUCGCAGCUACGAGCUGGCGUCGGAGCUGACGCUGCUGUAUCUGCAGCGCACGGGCGGCGCGGGGGGCGCGGGGCCCGUGCUGGAGACAGCGCUGCAGCGCGUGCCCAUCCUGCACAUGCGCGCCAUGCGGCUGCACAGCGCCAUCGACAGGUACCGCAGCAUGCUGAUGGCGGUGGAGGCGGCGGGCACGCAGGCGCUGCGGCUCACGCUGGCGAGGCAGCUCGCCGAGGUGUUGCUUCGCGGUGUCACCGGACAGGUGUACAAGACGGUGGAAGCGCCACGCUCGACUUCGCAGACGACGGUCGGCUCGCUGCCGCGCCGCGACCAGGUCGUCGCGGAGGGGCCCUGGAAGCCCAAGAAGUAUGCCGGUCUCAACCAGUUCGUGCCGGCGAACGAGUUCGAGGAGGUGCUGCUGGUGCUGCUGGUGGGCGAGGCCAUGGCGGUGCGCGACGCCGUGCUGUCGCAGGCGCCGGAGUUCGGCGCGGCGCGCGACCACGCGCUGCACAACGCGGUGGCGCUGGUGGACCUGCUGGCGCUGGCCGCCACGCGCUGGGGCCAGCUGUGCCUGGUGCUGGAGUCGCUGGAGCGGACCAUGAAGUUCUCGUUCGGCUGCGCGCACGUGUGGCGCCAGCGCGCGCUGGCCACGGCCGCGGCCGCCGCGCCGCCCGCGCGCCCGCCGCCCUUCGGCGACUUCGUCUCCGCCGGCAGCCCCGCCUGGACGCUGGGCGUGCGCGCGCACGGCGUGGCGCAGCGCGCGCUGCAGCUGGCCCCGCGCGACGCCGCGCUGCGCCUCGUGGCCGCCAACACCUGCUACAACAUGGGCUGGCUGCGGGAGGGCGUCGAGCUGGCCGAGGCGGCGCUCAGGAUCGAGGAGGAGGGCGACGGCGAGAUGGAGGCGCGCGCCUGCCUCUUCGUCGGCAUCGGCUACCAGAUGAAGGCGCAGAGCUCGCACGACCGCAUCGAGAAGGAGGCGGCGAACGAGGCCUGCCGGCGGUACCUGGUGCGGUCGGCGCGGCUGGACGGCCGCGACCACCUGGCGCUGUACCACCUGGCGCUGCAGCAGCUGCGCGAGGGCGCCCUGAACGAGGCCAUGGACGCGUGCCGCGCCUGUCUGGCCGCGCGGCCGGAGUGCGCGGCGCGGCCGCGGACGCGAAACCCGGAGGUCUACCGCGAAAUACGACGCUGCGCGGCGACGAAGCUCGUGCGUCCUGCACAUGCCAGGCUUACUAUGAAAGCAACGGCAGAACUCGGCGCCGUAGCCGCCGCAAAGCUUCGUCGCCCCGCAGCGUGGCCUUCCGCCCCGCCGGCGCUGACGCCCUCGCCUCCGCAGCGCGGCCAGGUGCACGCGGCCAGCGGCGAGUGGGAGGAGGCGCGCCUGUGCUUCCAGAACGCGCUGGCCGUGCACCCCACGCACCUGGACACCAUCGUGCAGCUGGGGGCGGCGUACUACCAGCUGGGCUGGCUGCGGCUGGCGGAGAAGUCGUUCCGCGAGGCGGCGUCGCUGGCGCCGCUGCGCGCCGACACGUGGCGGCGCCUGGCGCUGGUGCUGCAGGCGCUGGGCGAGCCGCAGUCGGCCGCCGACGCCGCCGCCGCCGCGCUGCAGCUGCAGCCGCACGCGCCCGCGCUGCCGCUGCCGCUCUGA